CUUCCUCUCCAAGCAAAUCCAUGGUCCAUGGAUUCAUUGGAUUCCAUUCUCUUUAAAAGAGGCCAAGCGCGGGCGAGAGCGAGAAAGAGAACGAGAUCGAAGAGCGUUAAUGGAGAUGGACGCCUCGCCAUCAAUGCCUUUCCAAGCUCAAUUGCCGGUAGAGUUAGCCGGCGGGCCGGAGAUCGCCUUCUUCGACCUGGAGACAACGAUGCCGUUGCGGGGGUCGUGGAAGCGAUACGCACUGCUCGAGUUCGGCGCCAUCCUUGUUUGCCCUAAAAAGCUUGUGGAGGUUGGUAGCUACUCCACUUUGAUCCGCCCCUCUGACCUCUCCGUCAUUACCGACGCUUCCAUACGCUGCAAUGGUAUCUGCCCCGAAUUGGUCGCCUCCGCCCCCUCGUUCCAUGAGGUUGCCGACGAAGUGUUCCGGAUUCUUCACGGGCGGGUGUGGGCUGGUCAUAAUAUCUUGAAGUUCGACUGUGUUCGUAUUCAGGAGGCUUUCGAGGAGAUUGGUAGGCCUUCCCCUCAGCCUCGGGGCACAAUUGAUACUUUGCCAUUGCUUACCCAGAAGUUUGGGAAGCGAGCUGGCAACAUGAAGAUGGAUAGCCUGGCAGCUUAUUUUGGCCUUGGGCGGCAAAUGCACAGGAGCUUGGGUGAUGUUAGGAUGAAUCUGGAAAUUCUGAAGUACUGUGCUACUGUAUUGUUCCUGGAAUCGAAUUACUCUGAUAUGUUUCCAGUGAACAGUUUGAUUAAUGAGAGCACCAUUCCAAGAAACAAUGCUGGUGGGAGUGCGUCUCCUGUUGAAACCAAUGCUACAGCAGAUCCUAGUGCCCCAGCAUCAAACAUGGAGCCUUUUGAUUUAAUGCAUAAUAUUGAGCAAAUGAGAAUUGACCAAAAUGAAUCCAUGGAGAAUUUUAGGUCAACAACUAGUGUUGCCACUCUUGCUGCUGGUGAGGGUUGUAGUCAGUGUGUUGGAUUUUCACAACCUGAGGAAGUUUCAACUCAGUGUGUUAGGGCAUCGCUUGCCCCCUCUCCUUAUCAACAAUCUGUUCCCAGAAUAGUUCUACUUCACAAAGAUACCCCUUUGCAACUUUGCCAAAUGGGAAUGAAAAUCCAUUUCAGAUUAAGCACUAAAUUUGCUCCAAAAUUGAGUUUUAUGGUUUAUGUGGAAUCAAGCCUACACAAUAUUCUGGAUUUGUGCGACAAUCUUGCCGAAAGCUUGCAUGUGGAAUCCGGCAGCAGCUCCCAGUGGAGGCAUGUGAUAAACACUAAUUAUGCAAAAUCUGCCAGCGUCAGAUUACACAUACCUACUGUCAUAAAUGACCAUGUUGCAAUGUACUCGACGGAGAUUUACCAUAAGGAACCUUCGGGGAACACUCGGAGACUUGUUUUCAGAGAACCAGAUGCGGAGGAGCUUGAGCCAUUAAUCAUUCCGGGGAACAUGGUUGAUGCCUACUUCAAUUUGGAGACAUAUGAUUUCCAGGAGUAUGCUGGCAUUCGCCUUGUGGCGAAAACAUUGGUGCUGCAUGCCAAUUAGAAUGAACACAAAAUUAUUGCUUAGUUUGUACUAUGAAUUCACCAUUCACUUAUUAGUGUCUGGUAGUGGCCUCUCUUCUUUGUCUUAAUGUAACUUAUCUGUAUCAAACUCUCUGGUUUUCAGCAAUGUGCAACUUCCGAAUUUAUUUAUACAUAACUUCAGAAUUUUUAAA